UGAAUGCGUAACCAGCUUACACAAAAUCCUGUAGGUCAGAUUUCAGAUUUCAGGACUUUUCUUUUACCGUUGAUUGGAAACCGAUUAUCUAGUAAAUAUGGCAGAGAAAAUUGCCGAAACCGUCGCAAGAAACGGAAUUGCACUUCACCCAAAAUAUUAUGGAGCAAAACUUGAGCCUGGCAUGAAGCUGCCUGGUGAUACGAGGCUAUUUCGAGACAUUAAACUUUGUGAAGUCCCUCAGUGGAUCAUGAAACGCAACUUUACACCUCUAGGAAUGUGGUUUUGGGUAAAACGAUUGAAAUGGGGUUGGCAAUCCAAGUACCUUCACGUUCGAGCACCAAAGGGACAUUAUUAUGCUCAACUUGCAGUUUGUGCCAGCAUUGCUUUCUACUUGUCAGAAUAUAUUGAUGGAGGGAUCAAGCACGAGCGACACAGGAAAUAUCACUAGAAGAAAUCUGAUCUUAUGUUUAUCAAAAAUUGAUGUAAAUUAAAACGAAUUUAAUAAAAAGUUCAAACUCUGUUAUA